CUAUCAGGCAUCUUGUUCGGCUGAAUUCCUUCCGUGUGACGGUGACGAAUUGCAAAUGGAGAGUGGUCAGUGUUCAGGGAGGAAGUGCUAAAAGUCAUUCAGUUUUGAUUUGGACGAGUGAGAAAUGGCAGAAAUUUUUCCAGUCUUGAUCAUCCUGCUGUUCACAGUAACUCUGGUGAGGAAUUGGCAUAUGGGUGAUAUCACCACAUUUGAAACAAAUUCCUGCGAUGAACGCAAAACAGAAGGAAUUAUCUGCUACAGUUGCAGUGUCGUUGCAGUCUGCAUAUUGAUCCAGCAGCAAUGGCAUACAAUCCCAAUUGAGGAAUGUGACACUCUAGGUGGAUUCUACUGCAAUGUUAAUGCUGGAAAGUGUUCAAAUGCUUCUGGACCGUGCAAUCCUAUCGGAUAUGAGAGGAACUUUGUGUGCACUUCAACGGGAAUUUUCCCUGAUCCCUACGAUUGUCAGGUCUAUCAUAUGUGUUAUCAAAGUGGCAACAGCUUUGGGGCAAUUAAUGUGGAGUGUGGGGGAAAUAGUGCCUAUUCCGUGGCUACUGGGGACUGCUCCAUCACAAUCGAUCAUCAUGUUUGUCGGGAGCAUCAGUUUCGGUGUGAAAAUGUGGGUGAUCGAGCUGCAUGGCCGGGAAAUCCAAAUAUUUUCUAUGUGUGCAAGGCAGAAGUUCAGGAAGAUGGCCGAAGAGUUCUCUAUCCAGCACUCUAUCGAUGUGGCCCUUCUGAGCACUUUAUCAACAGAGAAUGUCGUCUAACUGAUAGUGAGACUCAUCCUACACUACCACCAGACAAUGAAUGUGUAACUCCGGGAAUUUUUGUUAAUCCCACCGACUGCACAUCCUACCUCUUGUGCGAUCAUGAACUUGAUUUGCAUGUAAUUCACUGUCCAGAAGACUCAUUCUUCAAUCCUGAAAUUCUUGCGUGUCAGCGAGGAAAUUGCACAAAUUAGAGAAAUGCCAGUGAAACAUUUCUUUUGUGCAGAAAAAAAGUAUUCCAAAUUUUGCUAAAUGUGGUUUUGAUUGAAUUAUUUGCUAAAUGUAUAUAUGACACAAAGAUUAAUAAAAUUAAUCAAGUGAAGACGUCAGCAAGAAUAAAUAAAUUUUUUACAAAAAAAA